GAAGACACAAGUGUUCUUUUUAUUACACUAAAACGGCGUUAUGAACAUGUUAUUCGGCUGAAGAAAAAAAAGUUGGACAACAGCAAGGGAAUCCCAAUGAGCGGGACACAGACGACGCUCACCGAUAGGACCCCGAGCAUUCUCAACAAGGAGCCUCCAGAGAGGAAGCCAAAGAACGACAAAUGCUCCAUUUCACUCAAGCACGAGUUUGACCCCACCGGCCUGGUCCAGCGCUGCGUGAUCAUCCAGAGGGAUGAAAAUGGCUUUGGGCUGACGGUGAGCGGAGACAACCCCGUGUUUGUGCAGCUGGUCAAGGAAGAUGGAGCCGCAAUGCGCGCGGGUGUCCAAACUGGCGAUAGAAUCAUUAAGGUUAAUGGGACCUUAGUGACGCAUUCAAAUCACACGGAGGUUGUGAAGCUGAUCAAAUCCGGGUCCUACGUAGCACUUACAGUGCUGGGCAGACCUCCGGGUCUUCCGCAGAUCCGGCUGGAGGAAGACGACGACGACGACGACGACGACACGCUGGAUGAGGAAGAAGAGAGCGGCAGCGACCUGUCGGUGCAGAAUUCGCCCAGCGGCGAGCGACACGGCAGCGCGACCUGUAGCCCCCAGGCGCCCCCGCCGCACUCCUCCCUGCCCGAUGGGGAUGGAUCCAUAGACUCCGGGAACACCGAAACUGAAGAGGGUGACGCAACUGUGCCAUCACCGCGCGACGACAUUAGCGACAGAGUAGAUAGCAACAGCGCUUCGGACGGCGGCGGCCAUUACGUGGCGGGCAGCCCGCCGUACCUCCUCCACCCGCAGAUCAUCGGCGCCGAAGACGACUACUUUGAUUCGCAUCAGGAGCAGAUGAACGGGCAGUGCGGCUGCUUCCAGAGCAUCGAGUCGCUCAAGUGUCGGCCCGCCCACCUCGCCGUCUUCCUGCAUCACGUCGUUUCGCAGUUUGACCCCGCCCCCCUGCUGUGUUUCUUGUACGCCGACAUCCACAAGCAAAGCAACCCCAAAGAGAGCCGACGCUUCUUCAUGGAGUUUCACUCGCUCUUUGUGGAUCGAACGGCGAAUCUGAAAGUUUCGGUGCCAGAUGCCGUCGCAGCCGAACUUGACAAGCGCAGGCUGGAGUUAAUCCCAGAGGAGGUGUGCAAGCAGUGCACGCAAACCUUGCAGGACUCGCUGAUGCCGGACCUGCACAAAAACCUGGAGGACUUCAGACACAAGCGCAGCAUGGGGCUGACCCUGGCCGAGGACGAGCUGUCCAGGCUGGACGCCGACGCCGGCGAAGACCCGCUGGCCUGGGAGAGGCAAUGCUCGUGCGCCGAACAUAUUCUCGCCAAGAUCGAGGACGUCCUGUUAACAUCUCAACCCUCCGAGGAGGAAAAAUGCCAAACGAUGCAGUACGUCAUCCUCACGUACAUGAAGCACCUCGGCGUCAAAGUCAAGGAGCCUCGAGGCCUGGAGCAGAAACGAGCGCGAAUCAACUUCCUGCCCAAGAUUAAGAAGAGCAUCAAGCCCGACAAGGAAGGUGAAGAGAAGGUGAAAAAGCCUCGUUUUCCCAACAUCCUGGUCCCGCCGCGCCGUUUGAGCCGAGUGGACUCCACUUCAGCGGGCAAGGCGGCGGAGGUGAACAAGCAGCGUUCCCCGAAACUCCUCCCCCAGGCGGCUUUCGCCGCCCCCGAGCCGCCCGAGUGGUCGCCUUCGAAUUCCGGAAGGAGCCGCGGGCCGAGGUGGUCCGAAGUCCACCUCGGCGAGACUUCGGACCUUUCGAGCGCCUCGUCCGUGCACGGCUCGCCCACCGCCGCGAUAUCGGACGCCAGCGGCCACGACUCGGACAGCAGUAGGGAACGCCCGCCGGGACGCUUGCCGAUCACAAUGGCGAUUCCUUCAUCAGGAGACCUCGGCGAGGUCUCGAUAUGUGGCGAGCACCAAGAUGGCGUUUGCGGCCCCACCAGUACGCAAUUUGACUUCAGUCCUUCCAACCUGGAGGACUUGCAUGAAGAGGCGGACCACGAUGCCUUCAGGAUGGAGGUGACGUGCGCGGCGGACGCGGCCAGCGAGGACGAGCAAGCGUGCGAGGCCGCGGGCGAGGACGAUCCGCUCAACUGGCAGAGCCUGGUGAGCCGCGAGGUUCUGGCCGCGCUGGCGCCGCAGGAAAUCAAGAGGCAGGAAGUCAUCAACGAGCUGUUCUACACGGAGCGGGCCCACUUGCGCAUGCUGAAGGUGAUGGACGGCGUGUUCUGCCAGCGGCUGAGCAGGGACGCCAUCCUGCCGCCGGACGACGUCAAGAGCAUCUUCACCAACCUGGACGACAUCAUUCAGCUGCACGUUUCCCUGGGCGACCAAAUGGCGGCCGUCAGGAAGAGGAGCGACGCGUCCGUCAUCGGUCACAUCGGCGAGGAUCUCUUGGCUUGGUUCGGCGGCGAGGAAGAGGAGAAGAUCAGGCGCGCCGUGGCCACCUUCUGCAGCAACCAACCGGCCGCGCUGGAGCUCAUCAAGAGCAAGAAGAAGAAGGACCCCAGGUUCACCUUGUUCAUGCAGGCGGCCGAGAGCAACCGUCUGUGCCGGCGGCUGCAGCUGAAGGACAUCAUUCCCGUGGAAAUGCAGCGAGCCACCAAGUACCCGCUUCUCUUGGACAAGAUUGCCAAGUACACGGAGGAUGAGGAGGAGGCGGAGAAGGUGAAAAAAGCGGGCGAAUGCUGCCGGCAGAUUCUCAACCACGUCAACCAGGCGGUGAAAGAGGCCGAGAACAAGCAGAGGCUGGAGGACUAUCAGAGAAGGUUGGACAUCUCGUCGCUGAAGCCCAACGAGAACCCGCUCGUGGCCGAGCUGCGGAAUCUGGACCUGACCAAGAGGAAGAUGCUCCACGAAGGACCGCUCUCCUGGAAAGUCAACAAAGACAAAAGAAUUGAUCUGUACACGCUGCUCCUGGAGGACAUCUUGGUGCUCCUUCAGAAGCAGGACGAGCGCCUGCUGCUCAAGUUCCACAGCAAGAACGCGGCCGGCGCCGUCGACACCAAGCUCAGCUUCAGCCCCGUCGUCAAACUCGGCACCGUACUCGUCAGACCCGUCGCCACCAACAAAAAGUCCUUCUUCGUGCUGUCCAUGUCGGACAACGGGGCGCAGAUCUACGAGCUGACGGCUCAGACCGUGGCGGAGCAGAGGACGUGGCAGUGUCUCAUCACGCAGUGCGCCGAAUCCACGAAGGCAAAUUCGCGCGGCGGCCACGCGCCCACCACGCCCACUCAAGGCGAGCAGGACGCCAUGGAGAUGAUCAGCCGCGAGAUGGACAAACCCGGCAAAGGCGGCGGCACGUCAGACGCAUCCGACACGCCGGAUGGCGCCGCGGCAAACCCCUUUGACGCCAUCAAGUCGGAGGACGAGGAGGAGGCCGAGCGGCCGGAGGAGGAGGAUGAGGAGGAGGGGGAGGGGGGUGCGCCGUCGGCGGACGGCAGGCCGGGAGACCGGCGAGAGGAAGACGAGGGCGAGGUGGACGAGGAAGAGCUGGAGGCCUUCCUGGACGCUCAGCUGGAGGACGACGAGGAGGAACAGGCGCGAGCUUCGUCGUCCUCGUCCUCCAAAGCCGAAGAAGCUCUGGGGACGCUGGUGCUGCUGAAGCAGCUCCUCUUCAAGCACAUAACGGCCGGCCCGGAGGAGAAGACGACGACGAUGACGACGCCCCCGCAUCCGCCCGCCCCCUCAGCCGCCGCCCGCCACACCUCCCCAAAAGACGACGACGCCCAGACGGAACGGAACGGCGCAGUGGAUCCGGACGGCGCCGGCGAGGGCGACGACGCGUCGCUGGACGCCGUGGACAUGAGCAAACUUCUGUCGUCGGAGAACGGCGGCCGACCGAACCUCAGCCGGCGGCUCAUGACGCACCUGCGCCUCCUGCAGGCCGACCUGCAGUACCUCAAGGAAGUGGAGCUCAAGUACAAGCGGCUGCUCGGGACGUCGGCCGACUCGGACAACGACGGUGUGCACUGAAGACGACUUUGCCGUUUUGCGGGCAUCCUUAACGGGCGCCCACUUUUGGCCUCGCACUGCCGUCAAGCCGCCAAACACGAAAGUGAGCCGACCAAAAUUUGCCACUGCCUUCUCGUGGAACGGGACUUCUUGCGAAACGUUUCGCUGGCUUUGAGUGCGUCAUGACGAAAAAGCAAACAUUCACAAGACUGCACAUGAGAAUUUGUAGCACCCCCACCCCCCCCAACCCCUCUUCCACCCCCUUUAGACCAUUUUUUUAAUCGUGGAACUCUUUAAACCAGAUUGCUGUGAAGUCUUACUUGUCAAAUUAACUUAUGCUGAAAAUGUUUUUCUAUCUUGUAUUCAUGUCGUAACACGCAAAAGAUGCUAAUGUAUUCGCACGAUAUUAAUCAUCUUUUAGUUCAUUUUUAAUUAUGCGAUAUUUAUUUUUGUCUCCAUGUGCAAUGUGCAUCGCCUCCUGUUCAAUAAAAAAAAUGCGCACA